AGUAGCUGCAUGUGCUGGGAAGGGGGGUACGCUACAGUUCAAGUGCGUUCGAGAGAGAGAGAGAGAGAGAGAGAGACAGGAAGGAGGGAGUGGGAGAGAGAGAGAGAGAGAGAGAGAGAGAGAGAGACUGGAGCCCUGCAGAAACGUGCUCCCCAGGGUUACACCACGCCCUGUGCACAGCACAGAGAGAUGCGGUCUGUUUCUCUGUAGCAGGCUUUAUCUCAGCCCAGACGGGCGUCUUUCUCUCAUGAAAAGCAGAGUUCAAAUCAGUCAAGCAGCUCUACAGAAUAGCAAAGAACUGCCCCCAGCCUCCGCCCCUUUCCAUCUCCCACAGCCACUCCCAUACCCCCAGGGCAAACAGCAAACACCCAACAACUGCUCCACCGCUGACAAGCAGCAGCUCAGCACAUCCCAGGGGGGCCAGCAGCAACAAGGACAAGAACAAUCGCACGAGAUCAGGAGCAGAAAGAUCACACUGAGGAAUCCCUGGCACUUGAAGCAUGAGGAGCUGAGGGACGUUGGGAACGAACAAACGAAAACAACAGCGGAGCUGGAAGCCAAUAAGAGCAAGAACCGCUACCAGAGCGUGCUGCCCUACGACCAUUCCAUUGUGAAGCUGACCCCUAUCGACUCAGAGCCCAACUCAGACUACAUCAAUGCCAACUUCAUACCGGGUUACAGCUCUCUGCAGGAGUUCAUCUGCACUCAGGGCCCCCUGCGCAGCACCAUGACAGACUUCUGGAGGAUGGUGUGGGAGCAGAAUGUGCGCAGUGUGGUGAUGCUGACGCUGUGCAAGGAGCACGGCAAGGUGCUGUGUGAACCGUACUGGCCAGCACUGGACUCCACACAGGGGUACGGACAGGUGGAGGUCACCACGCUGUCACAGAGCUGCAGCCAGGACUGGAGAGUCAGCCAGCUGAAACUUUACCACAGCUCCACGCACACAGAGAGGAGGGUCUCCCAUUUCUACUACACUGCCUGGCCGGACUGCGGCGUUCCCCGGACCCCCGCCUCAAUGACCUCCUUCACCGAGCAUGUCCGGGAGCAACUUAACAAGACCGAGGGGGCGGGGCCGACCGUGGUGCACUGCAGUGCCGGGGUGGGCCGCACCGGUACCUUCAUCACCCUGGACUGGCUCCUGCAGCAGCUGAAGUCCGGCAGCGCCGUCGACGUGCCGGGAAUCGUUCACAAGCUGAGGCGCAGCCGCUGCCUGAUGGUGCAGACCCUGGAUCAGUACAUAUUCAUACACACCUGCCUGCUACUGAAGAUCACACAGGAGGGACAGGCUGCAGCUCACAACCAACAGAUUUAUUUUCUGUAUCAUGAAUUGCCAUCCUUUAAUGUAACGGAGGACGGAGGAGCAAACCAGCGACCCCACAAGCAUUUCAACCACUAUGCAAGAGAGCCAGGAUCGUCUCCAUUCAUGUUUAUAGAGAACUGAACCUCAUCUCAUCAAUGGGGGACAGAAUCUGUCACAGUGCAUCACACAACACUAACUACUGCAACAAAAACAGCUUCUGAAAUCUUCUAUUUUCAGUGGUUUAAAAAAAUAUAUAUAUAUUAAUCAGUAUUGCCUGAUACAGUACUGUGUAACUAUUUCAGGACUCUCAUCACAGACGACGAUGUGCAGAGAAGCAACGGAGAAUAAGAGGGUCCCGGUUCAUCUCUACCUGUACGGGACCAGACAACUGACACCUCCAGCCCAGCGCUGGCUGUCCCAGGGACCAGACAAUCAACACCUCCAGCCCAGCGCUGGCUGUCCCAGGGACCAGACAACACUGCUGCUGUUCGGUGGGGGAGACAAGGAGCAAACCUGGACUGACAGUCCUAACCACUGUGGCUUCUUAAUUCAUCUUCAUACCUCAUUACAAACAAUCCUUCCAGGCAGAUAAAUACACGACCGCCUUAGGACUAUUCAUGGACAACCGAAGGUAAGGUAAUCCAAGACUAGUGCCAAUCAGGGGUCGGUGAAUCCAUCAGA